GGACCUUGUGCGGCGUACGGGACAACCACUACCACUACCACCACCACCACUCCGUUUUUCACAACGUCUUUUGAUCAUUAACAUUCGUUAAAGGGCUCUGUUCCUACCCCCCCUUCAUCCAGAGCUCAAAAUGCCUGAACUCCCACAGGAAAUCAUUGAUGAAAUCAUCGAUGAGCUGCGCUCGUCCAAAUCUGCAACUAUAGCAGAUCUCAAAUCCUGUUCCCUCGUCUCGCGAGCUUUCGUCCCCCGUACGCGUGGGUACAUGUUUCGCAGUGUCGAACUUAGGACGUGUCGGGAUUGCGACAGAUUUCUUGACAUGUGUCGUUCGUCGUCGAUCAAUGCUGUUCCUGUUCCCCCCGUUAUCGUGGCUCUCCUCCUCACGCCCUCGCAGCGCGAUCCUUGUCGGAUGGAAACAAACCCAGCACUCGUCGAAAUCAUCACGACUUACCUACGAAACUUGCGCCAUCUCACUAUUCAAGGCUGGUCGUUCCCGAUUACCCCGUUGGAUUGCAUGUACGCCUUUACGAAUUACCCAUUCACCUCCUUGGCCCUUCAAUGUGUCACAUUUCACGCUUUCGGCGAUGUGAUCGCGUUCAUCAGGUCCUUCCCCACUCUUCGGCAUCUCACGUUACUAAACGUAGAAGUACGCAAGUCUUUCUUCGUCGAGCUGGAACGGUAUUCUCCUCCCAUUUCGUACCCCCUACAGCUAGCGGGCCUUUCCGUGUCUCAGCGCUUUCCAUCCAUAUACGAAAGUCUGGUUCUAAGGUCAAAUAUCAUGACUUUAUCACGCGUCCGUCGACUCGCACUAUGUCUCCACAGCGGCGGAGACCGCGACUCUGCCCAGCAAAUCAUCAGCCAAGGGGCAGAAACCCUUGAACACCUACACCUCAUGUUCGGAAGCUUCAAGUACUGGAUGUACAGUUGACGACAUACCCGAUCUCUCACAGUACCUAAACCUGCCGCGAUUACGACAACUUGACAUUACCCCGUUUAUCCUCGAAUACGGUACGACAAACUUUGGACAGAUGGGAACGUGGAUC